GCGGUCCGGAGCCGCGCUACGCUUUCCGCCCCCAUCCUUUCCUUUGUUUCCACGGCGAGGAAAUUAGGACGCGGCAUUAAUCUAAUCCUCGCACGCAUCUCCAUUUCGAGACAACCUACAUCGACGCGGCGAAGUCAAUCGGAGAGAAGGAAAAGAUUCCGAGAUCCCAAAGACAGCUCCACCUCCGCCCCCAGAGAGGAACCCUAAAAGCUAAUCGACCGUGGAAUCCGAUACCAGAGGGCGGCCCUUCUAACCUCGCCCCCCGCCAUGACAUCCCCCUUCGCCUUCCUCUCCUUCCGCCGGCGGCGAUCGCCCCUCUCCGGCGCAUACUUCGUCCCCGGUGACCUCUCGGGCGCCGCCCUCUUCCACGCCCUCGCCGCCCUCUCCGCCGACGUCGCCCGACAUUCUUCCUUGUCCCAGUGCCGCAACGCCAGGUCCCUCGUCCGCAGGAUCCGGAUCCUCGCUGUCCUCUUCGAGUUCCUCGAGGAAUCCUUCGCGUCUUCCCCUUCCUCCCCUCUCCCGCCGUGGUUCCCCGCCUCGGCGGCCCUUUGCUUCCGGGAGCUCUACAUCUUCGUCUAUCGGACCAAGCUCCUCCUCGACUACUGCUCCCAGUCGAGCCGGCUCUGGCUGCUGUUGAGGAACCCCCAGAUCUCGGGCAAUUUCCACGACCUCACCCAGGAGCUGGCCACGGUGCUAGACGUCCUCCCUCUCGACGAUCUCCGCCUCGCCGCCGACGUGCGCGAGCAGAUCGAGCUUCUCCGGCGGGAGUGCAGGCGAUCCAAGCUCUUCGUCGACCCUGAUGACGAGGAGCUCUGCCGCAAGAUCUUCUUUUUCUUGGGUCAGUUCGAGACCGGCGAGGCUCCGGAUCCUGCGGAGCUUCGGGACACGUUCGUCCACCGUCUGGGGAUCCGCGAUGUUCGGGCCUGCCGGACGGAGAUCGAAUUCUUGGAGGGGCAGAUCUCUAAUCAGGAGGAAGACAUGGAUCUCCCUCUCGUCAGUGGAGUCAUCGCGCUCACCCGGUAUUGUAGGUUCUUGCUGUUUGGGUUCCAAGAAAUGGAUGUCAAGAAGCCUUUCAGUGAUCAGGGUAUGACAUCGAGUAAGCGAUUGUUGAGUCAGGGGAGCGGUAGUUUCUCCUUGACGAUCCCCAAGGACUUCUGCUGCCCGAUUUCACUCGAUCUGAUGAAAGAUCCGGUGGUCGUCUCCACAGGUCAGACUUACGAUCGUGCAUCCAUCACCCAGUGGAUGGAAGAAGGGCAUCGCACUUGCCCUAAUUCGGGACUGACCCUUUCAAAUAGCCGUCUCGUGCCAAACAGAGCUCUGGCAAGCUUGAUUUCCCAGUGGUGUGCCUCCUAUGGAAUCCCAUAUGGAACCCCUGAGGGCGCCGGCAUUCCAGCUGAGAGCACUGCGGCAGCAUGUGCCAGCAGAGCAGCAAUCGAAGCAAACAGAGCCACGUCAAGAAUCUUAGUGCAGCAGCUAUCAGCUGGUUCACAGGAAUCAAAGACCGUCGCUGCCUGUGAGCUCAGGUUGCUGGCAAAGACUGGCAAGGAGAACAGGUCUUUCAUUGCAGAGGCAGGGGCAAUCCCUGCUCUCUGCCGGCUCUUACGUUCUUCGAAUCCGGUUGCUCAAGAGAAUGCGGUGACCGCAAUAUUGAACAUAUCCAUUCACGAUGGUAACAAGAGCCGGAUCAUGGAUGAGGAAGGAUGCUUGAAAUUGAUUGUUUAUGUUUUGAGGCAUGGAUUGACCAAUGAGGCAAGGGAGAAUGCGGCAGCCACACUGUUCAGUCUGUCUGCUGUUCAUGACUUCAAGAAAAUGAUUGUUGAUGAGCAGGGUGUUGUGGCAGCGUUGGCCAAUUUGCUGAUGCAGGGAAGCUCGAGAGGGAAGAAAGAUGCAGUGAUGGCCUUGUUCAAUCUUUCAACUCACCCGCAAAGCUGGUCUCGGAUGUUGGAUAUAGGUGCAGUUUCAGCGUUGGUGGGGGCACUGAGAGAUGAAUGUGUGGCGGAAGAGGCUGCCGGUGCUCUGGCAUUGCUCAUGAGACACCCCAUUUUGGCACAGACAGUUGGGAGUGAGGACACUGCGAUUACGAAUCUGGUGGGUCUAAUGAGGAGGGGAACCCCGAAGGGAAAGGAAAAUGCAGUUGCAGCAUUGCAGGAGAUGUGUCGACGUAGUGGUUUACCUGUGACACAGAAGGUAGCAAGGAUGCAGGUGUUGGGUGGGUUGAUCCAAACCAUCUUGUUAACCGGGACAAAGAGGGCUAGAAGAAAGGCUGCAUUACUUGCUAGGAUGUGCCAGAGAUGCGAGGGACCGAUAGCAACGACACUUGGAAACGAAUGGGCUAUGAAUCAUGCAUUAGCGAGAACCAACUCCUUAAGGGAUUCAAGUUUCCGAAGUGGGGAUGUAUCUGUCUCAGUAUCCAUGGCAAGACAAGUACCUGUGCUAUAGCCUUCGUGUUCAUUUUGCAGUCGCCGUGUACAUCACUCUUGGUAAGUUGGUGGGAGAUUCUUUUAUUGAUGCUGGAGUGAGCGAAAUUGUUGGUAAAAGCUGAACCAAUACUGUUUUAAAUGAAACAUGCCCUGUGAAUAAUGGUGCAACUUCUUACAUGUUUAGGUUAUGUAAUCAUUCGAUACACUCAUUUGAUACACCCUUAUAAGGAUUGGAAUGCUUAGUCUACCUACCUAAGCAGCUACCAAGUGAUGGAAGCUAAAUCAUGUUUUUUGGUUCAGAUUGUCUCAACUUUGUUAUCUUAAAUCUCACUGUUAAUUGUUA